GAAUCAGAACGUAAGAGAAAGAGAUUUGGAUUUGGGGGAGCAUUUGGUUGAUUAGGGUUUCUUCGGCUGCGUGCUGAUGCUCUUGUUUUCUCACAGUCACACAACAGCAAUGGAAGCAAUCACAGAGGGAGUGAACAACAUCAACAUCUCUGAUUCUUACAAGAAGAAUCGCAUUCAGGUCUCCAACACCAAAAAGCCUCUCUUCUUCUACGUCAAUCUCGCCAAGAGGUAUAUGCAACAGCAUAAUGAGGUUGAGCUCUCAGCACUAGGAAUGGCUAUUGCUACAGUGGUAACUGUUGCUGAAAUCUUGAAAAACAAUGAGCUUGCUAUUGAAAAGAAAAUCACGACAUCAACAGUUGACAUCAAAGAUGAUUCUAGAGGCAGACCUGUCCAAAAGGCCAAGAUUGAAAUAUUACUUGGGAAGACUGAAAAAUUUGAUGAGUUGAUGGCGGCUGCUGCUGCUGCUGCUGAAGAUGGUGAAAAUGGAGAUGUUGAAGAGCACACUGCAUAAGUUCAUCGAAGGUUAUACCUGUCUUGGGUGAAGAUAUGUACUCUUUAAUGAACUGCGCUUGUGUUGUUAGUAUGUAGCGGACAAACAAAGCAAAGAAUUCGUUAUAUAGACUGGCCUGCAAUGUUGAACUAUGCAAUUCCUUCAUUUCUUUUCCCUAUAAAUAGAGGCUUUUUGUGUCUUAGCUGUUGCUGUGUUCAGUUUUCGAUGGAUAAAAAGCAUUGGCACAUUUAACUAGUUCAGUUUGAAUGAUAAAAUUUUAAGAGUCUUACUGUUUUAA